AUGCAUCAGACUACUGAAAAUGUGAAAAUGAUCCAAGAGAAGAUGAAGGCAUAUCAGAGUAGGCAAAAGAGUUACCAUGAUAAAAGAAGGAAUGCUCUUGAGUUCCAAGAGGGUGAUCAUGUAUUUCUGAGAGUUACUUUUGUGACUAGUGUUGGAAGGGCUUUGAAGUCUAAGAAGCUUACUCUUCGUGUCAUUGUCCCAUAUCAGAUUAUCCAUCGAGUUCGAGUUGUUGCCCACAAGAUGGCCUUGCCACCAUCUCUUUCGAAUUUGCAUGAUAUUUUUCAUGUAUCCCAGCUUCGGAAGUAUAUUUCUGAUCCAUCUCAUAUAAUCCAAAUGAAUGAUGUGCGAGUGAAGGGUAAUCUAACUAUUGAGGCAUCAUCGAUAAGGAUUGAGGAUCCAUAA